AGACAUUUAUUCUUCCUUACAGGCUCGUGAACCUGAUCUACAAUGGAAAAACUGCUUUUGUUUCUGCUGUUCAUUGGCAUAGCAGUGAGAGCUCAGAUCUGCCCAAAGCGCUGCGUUUGUCAGAUUUUGUCUCCAAACCUUGCGACCCUUUGUGCCAAGAAAGGGCUCUUAUUUGUUCCACCAAACAUUGACAGGAGGACCGUGGAAUUACGGCUGGCAGACAACUUUGUUACAAAUAUCAAGAGGAAAGACUUUGCCAAUAUGACCAGCCUCGUGGACCUGACGCUGUCCAGGAAUACAAUCAGUUUUAUCACACCUCACGCGUUUGCUGACCUGCGCAAUUUGCGGGCUUUGCAUUUGAACAGCAACCGAUUGACUAAGAUCACCAAUGACAUGUUCAGUGGGCUCUCCAAUCUUCAUCACUUGAUACUUAACAACAACCAGCUGACUCUCAUUUCUUCCACAGCUUUCGAUGAUGUUUUAGCUCUUGAGGAAUUGGAUUUGUCUUACAACAACCUGGAAACCAUCCCCUGGGAUGCUGUGGAAAAGAUGGUUAGCUUGCACACCCUCAGUCUGGACCACAAUAUGAUUGAUCAUAUUCCUAAGGGGACGUUCUCCCACCUCCACAAGAUGACCAGGUUAGACGUCACGUCUAACAAACUGCAGAAGCUACCACCUGAUCCUCUCUUUCAGCGAGCUCAGGUACUGGCAACCUCAGGAAUUAUCAGCCCUUCUACUUUUGCGUUAAGCUUUGGUGGAAACCCUUUGCAUUGCAACUGUGAGCUCUUGUGGCUGAGGCGUCUCUCCAGAGAAGACGACCUGGAGACGUGUGCCUCUCCCCAGCUGCUGUCGGGCCGGUACUUCUGGUCAAUCCCCGAGGAGGAGUUCCUGUGCGAACCUCCUCUCAUUACCAGGCACACCCACGAGCUGAGGGUGCUGGAGGGCCAAAGGGCAGCGCUGAGGUGCAAGGCCCGGGGGGAUCCAGAACCAGCAAUUCAUUGGAUUUCACCUGAGGGCAAACUUAUUUCUAACGCAACAAGGUCUGUGGUGUAUGACAAUGGUACACUCGACAUCCUCAUCACAACGGUGAAGGACACGGGCUCUUUCACCUGCAUCGCUUCCAACCCAGCAGGGGAAGCCACGCAGACGGUGGACCUGCACAUAAUCAAACUCCCUCACUUGCUGAACAGCACUAACCACAUCCACGAGCCUGACCCUGGCUCCUCGGAUAUCUCAACGUCCACCAAGUCGGGCUCCAAUGCAAGCAGCAGCAAUGGGGAUACAAAAGUCAGCCAAGACAAGAAGGUGGUUGUUGCUGAAGCGACGUCAUCUACUGCUCUGCUGAAAUUCAAUUUUCAAAGAAACAUACCUGGAAUACGCAUGUUCCAGAUCCAGUACAAUGGCACUUAUGAUGACUCUCUGGUGUACAGGAUGAUACCUCCCACGAGCAAAACCUUCCUGGUGAACAACCUGGCUGCUGGGACCAUGUACGACCUGUGCGUCUUGGCCAUCUACGACGAUGGGAUCACCUCGCUGACCGCCACCAGGGUGGUGGGCUGCACGCAGUUCACCACCGAGCAGGACUACGUGCGCUGCCACUUCAUGCAGUCCCAGUUCCUGGGCGGGACCAUGAUUAUCAUCAUCGGCGGGAUCAUCGUGGCCUCGGUGCUCGUGUUCAUCAUCAUCCUCAUGAUCCGGUACAAGGUGUGCAACAACAACGGGCAGCACAAGGCCACCAAGGUCAGCAACGUUUACUCACAGCCGCACGGGGCCCGGGUGCAGGGCUGCGGCGGGGCGCUGUCCCAGUCUGCCUCCAAGCAGGCGGUGGGGCACGAGGAGGCCGCCCAGUGCUGCCGGGCACUGGCUUGGCAUCGGCACGGCGUCUGCAGCCCACUGCCACUGCCCUCUGUCAUUUUCUUCGGCGAUACGGGGCAGCGGUAUUUGCUCUCCUGCGCCGUUGUCUUCUCUCUCUAG